UCGGUGUCGGAGGCUAUUUAAUACUGUCAAUGGUUGAAGGUUUGCCUCGUGCUGCCAGCACGGCGCACGUCCCCUCCCUUCUAGACAGAGACAACAACAUACCUUAAUAGGGGCGCGUCUCCGACACAGCCACCGACCAAUAACCCGUCUCUGUCUGAGCUAGCACCGAGGGGAUGAACGCUUGUCGAGGCCCAAUCAGCGCCUUUGUGUUGUUUGCCGGUGCCGGAGACUGGUUGUGAGGAGCAAUUGCAGCGCUUCAGGAUUUGACAGUAAACCGGGAGCCUGUGGAAACCGAGGGGUAAAGGCGAGACAGGAUGGAGCGGAUGUCCGAAGAGGCCCUGCGCCUGAACCUGCUGAAGCGCGGCCUGGAGACGUCUGCAGAGCGCGAGGAGGCCCUGGCCAAGCGCCUCAAGAUGGAGGGCCACGAGGCCAUGGAGCGCCUCAAGAUGCUCGCCCUGCUCAAGCGCAAGGACCUGGCCGACCUGGCGGCCCUGGAGGGGGCGGCGGCGGCGGCGGCCGGGUCCCUGGGGGACGGGAAGGGGCCCGGGAUCAGCAGCCAGCACCAUCACCACCAACACCACCACCAGCAGCAGCAGCAGCAGCAGCACCAGAGCAUCAUGGGCGCCAGCGCGGCCUACGAGGAGAAGCUGAACGGCAGCCUGCGAGCGGGCGGCCACGGGGAGCUCAGCAAGAACGGGAAGGAGAACAUGAUGGACGAACCGGUGGACAUGAGCGCCAGUCGGAGAUGCGAGACGGCCUGCGAGAGGCGCUCUCUCUCCCCGGACGUGAUCGUCCUGUCUGACAACGAGGCCACCAGUCCCAGGAGCAGCCCCCACCCCGAGGAGAGACUGCACCAGGCCAACAGGGAGAUCUUCAGGGGGAAGACGGGCGUGGAGAGACAGCAGAUGAUCAAGGUGCUGCGGGAGGAGCUGCGUCUGGAGGAGGCGCGCCUGGUGCUGCUGAAGAAGCUGCGUCAGAGCCAGAUGCAGAAGGAGAACGUGGUUCAAAAGGUGCCAGUGGUGCAGAACGCCUCGUCUCUGCAGCCAACACCCAUUCACAGUUCUCAGGGGAUGGGGAAGCUGCCUGUACGACCCGGCCUCAAUGCCGCCGAUCCCCAGAAUCUACGCAAUGUGCAGGGUCACUCAGUCAUCAGGUCAGCAGCCAACGCCAGCAACAUGCCCCAGAUGGUGAUGUCCCAGAGGGUUCUGGCGCCCAACCCCACCCAGCUGCAGGGCCAGCGGCUGAUGGGGAAGCCGGGGAUGGUCCGCACCAGCUCCGGCAUCAUGAACAACUCUGUGAGCUACCAGCAGGCUACCAGUCAGCAGGUGGCCGCCUCCCAGCGCACCGGCUCCAACGCCAUGUACAUGAACCUGGCCCAGAUGCAGGCCGCCGCCGCCGCCGCCGCCGGGGCCAGCAGUGCCGGCGGCGGCGGCCUCGGAGGGGGCGGGGCCGCCAUCAGCCCCUCGUCGAUGCCCAGCGCGGCGGGGAGCGGGGUGAACUCCAUCGCCGACCAGGCCAGCAGCCAGGCGGCCGCCAAGCUGGCCCUGCGCAAGCAGCUGGAGAAGACGCUGCUGGAGAUCCCCCCGCCCAAACCCCCGGCGCCGCUGCUCCACUUCCUGCCGUCGGCCGCCAACAGCGAGUUCAUCUACAUGGUGGGGCUGGAGGAGGUGGUGCAGAGCGUCAUCGACAGCCAGGGGAAGCUGCGGGGGACGCUGUCCCGCAUGGAGCCCUUCUACUGCGCCCAGUGCAGGACCGACUUCACCCCCCACUGGAAGCAGGAGAAGAGCGGGCGGAUCCUCUGCGAGCAGUGCAUGACCUCCAACCAGAAGAAGGCCCUGAAGGCGGAGCACACCAACCGCCUGAAGAACGCCUUCGUCAAGGCCCUGCAGCAGGAGCAGGAGAUCGAGCAGAGGCUGCAGCAGCAGGCCGCCCUGUCCCCCAGCACAGCCCAGCACACGGGGCAGAACGCCAGCAAGCCAGAGUCCAUGAUACGACAUCACGCUCUCCGUCAGGCGCCCCAGCCCCAGGCCCAGAUGCAGCGGGGGAUGUCCAGCUCGGCGCGCGGCGUCCUGUCCAACUUCGCCCAGGCCUCCCAGCUGUCGGUGGCCACCAGCCUGAUGGGCAUGACGGGUGCCAAGCGCUGCACCAGCGGGGGCGGGGGCGGCAACGGCGGGCCCGGGGGCAGCGGCGGCGGCGGCGGCGGCGGCAGCAGCAACCGGCUGCAGCACGACAGCCGACGCCAGAUCUACAACAUCCCUGGGUUAAAUAUUGCCUACCUGAACCCAGCCGCUGUUGGAAGCCACAAGAGUCCCAGCUUAGCCGACCGGCAAAGGGAGUACCUUUUGGACAUGAUCCCACCUCGCUCCAUCUCACAGUCCAUCUCUGGACAGAAAUAGUCCUCUCGCCCCCCUCCCACUAACUCCUUUACAAACCACCCUGACACUGCACUCUCCUCUCAAUCAACAUGUCCCUACCCAUAGCAUGCAGUGCCUGUCCAUGUGCCUACCUUAAACUAACCCCAGAGAACAGCAAUCAGCAAGACAAAUACACCAAACUUGUCGGUCCACCCAAAAUGUCUUACUUUAUAAUUGUUUGGCGAGGUCGUUAAAUUAUGAACCUGUUGUUGUGAUUAUUCUAUGCUGUGUUUUCUAAGUAUCACAGCCACGUUCCUUUUUGUCGGCGUUGUUAUUUUGCUUUUCAGCCCUGUUUGCGAGAGGGACUCUUAUGGAUGGCUUUGACGGUGGCUAGGCUAAGUCGGUCAGUUGGCCACCCUGUUCACCGCCUUGAUCCCACGGGUGCUCGUACAGGGAGGCUCCCAGGAAGUUGUUGAUGGGGACGCGAUGAGUUGGCGGUGUGUUUGGGAGAGCGCUCCUGACCAGGCCACACAAAGCAUUUCUCAGUGUUAGUCUGACUUUUGGAGUUCAUUCUGAAAUCCAUUGAGCUCGAAAUUAAAAGCUAGUGUUGCAGAAUAACGUGUACCAUACGGUUUAAAAUAUGAAACAGAUCUUUUUAUACUUACACAACCUAAUGAAUUAAGGAUAAAUUAUUUGGUGCAUGUCAAUAUUUAGUUGAACAACACAAAUGAGCUCAUUUUAGCCAUAUCAUCUACACAAAAUAGGAUGUUAAAUGGAUUGUAUUUGCAUUGAUUGAGUACAUGAGCCUGAACUAGUCGGUUUGCAAGUUAAGACUGGAGGGAUGAAUGUUUAUGCGUUCUGGCUUCUGGAAACCGGGCAGGUCAGGGACAGCACACACAGGCUUACCCACACACCACCUUGAAAUAUAUUAGCCAUUCUUCAGAGAGCCACACACUCAAGUGCAGAGUGAAGCCAGCGAUUUUAGCCAGCUUUUACAUUUCUGUUGUAUCCCUUCUCUAAUUGUAGCAUCUAAUUGUUGUAGCAUUAACGAACGCAGAAGAAUCCAAGCCUUGGCAGAUUAUGUCAAUUUGAUUUGUUGCUCUUCAUAUAGAGAUCCUUAAUUUUGUCUUUGUGUGUACAGCUGUAGAGCGUGUAUGGCUUUUGUGGCCGUCGUUAUACCUUCCAUUGUUUGGUUCAGUUCACCUCCAUGCAUGAUGGGAAUCUUCUAAAGAGACUAAACAUGUUAUUAAACCUUACUUGUGAAUGUGGGUGGGUUCUCUCCACUAAAGUCAUACAUUCUGCCAAUAGGUCAAUAUUCACUAAAAAAUUUAGUGAAUAUUGAUUGCUAACAACUUCACUCUCAUCGUUUUUCCGCAUAUUUUUCACCAUAAAUGGCACUGGCAGCGUCUCGGAAGUAAUACUACGGCUAUUCAAACCGUUUGUUUUUAAGAGCUAUAUAAUGCUAUUAAAAACAUGCAUUUAACAAAGCUAUACACGGCUACACAAGUUAUACACAUCAACGAUUUUGAAGACCUAGGGAUUCAACAGUAAUAAGUUUACUGUUUCGUUCACCAUGGCGUCCACAGGGAUGUUUCCAGUUCAUUAAAGUCCAUGCCUAUGGUCUCUGGUCUGUGCAUUGCACUUAUUAAGCUCAAUAAGUGUUUGUGAUAGUCGUUAUUUUUUUCGUGGUUGAACAUUAUCUGUGUGAUAAAUAGAUAAGCUUGUAAAAUAAUACAAUUGGUAUCAAUUAUUUCAACAUUUUAAUACAGCAAAAAUUAGAUUAUGCAUAUUUCCUUGCAGAGAUUGUACGGAAGCCUCUAGCCACUACACCAGAUUUGAUGGACAACCCAGAAAAGCACCAGGGGUCUCAUUUAUAACCGUUGCGAACGCACAAAACGGGGCUGAAAUUGGCGUUCGUGACUUUCCACGCCAAGGUUGUGAUCUAUAAAAAACUAACUUGACGGGAGAAUGUGCGCAGCCCUAAGCAAACUCUGACCCAUGCGUACGCAUGGUUUGGAGGAAAAGGAGAAUUGGCGACACAGACGGUGUGGUGGUGAACUGAAGUCAGACAGAAGAAAUGUAGAGAAGAACGAUUAUGUUUUAUCAUCGCCUUUCAUAAGAUUAAUUUCAACCCGUAUCAUGCGUUAAAUCUAUGUACCGGCAAUCAGAAUAAUUUAAGUCAAAAUCAAAAUUCUCUCUAUUUAAUCCCGUCACUCCAUACUGUCCAACAUGCGUCAAUAAUAUAAUAUUUUUGUGACACUGUAAACACAUACUCAAAUGUCAAUGAAAUCCCAAGUGUGGAAAACCAAGCCACAUACUCCUCAUCACAAUCGUUAUAUUAUUGUCCGUUCCUCUUGAUGUUUUUCAUGACAAAUCAGGCACUAAAAAGGGGUUAUGUUCAAAAACAUUUUACGUGGCUGAUUACAAACUGAUUAUCCAAGGUGUUCUCGGCCAGUCUUCUUACCGUAACCCUAUAAAUACAGCGGUGAGCCCCGUGCGUAAUGCUGCACCAUGGCACUGCUGGCACUGCUGGAGGACCAUGCUUUUCUCAGUCCUUCUGCCAUUGUUUCCGACAAGACAUAAUACUUGCGUUUGAGUCUGUUUUUUAUAUGCAGAUCGCAUUCAUGAGGUCGUUUGAAUUUACAUUUAUGGUUAAAAAGGGGCGUGUACAGGGCGGAACGUGAAGCUCGAUUCAGCUGCGCACACUUGUAGGCACUCUGAUUUAUAAAGCAUAGAUUGCUUUUGGGCGUACGGUCACUUUUAGUAACGAUUCCACGCACAGUCUUAUAUAUGAGACCCCUGGGCAGUCAAAUUCAGCCCGUGGCCGAGAAGACGGCUGUGUGUAUUUGUUUCUAUACCCCAACACUUUCUCUGCUCACAGUCACCACCUCAGAAUAGUCAUGGUUAAGAGGCGUUUAUAGAUCAACAAAGAUAUAUAAAUGUGUAGAAAAGAUACAUCGUCCCCAUUUUAUUUAGCAGUAAAACUCUUGACCAAUUUCAAUCAGCUAUAUCAACUAUAGCGCAAAUAUAAUGAAUGACAUAGAUAAUUUAAUUGCUAUUAAAAUAGUUGUUCAAGACCUAAUGUGAUUCUGACCGUCGUUCAUACGGUAGUGACGGCUACUAAAAACUAAGUUAAGUGUCUGCAAUAAUGGGCGAUGAGAACAAAUUAGAAAGAUGUAGUCAGCAAAGAACUGAACGCCAGCAGUAAGUCAACAUUUAAUUUGAACAUUCGGUUCGGCAAGGGUUAUCAUUUAGCUUUUAGUGUAUGGUUAUUGGCUCCUCUGGGUGGUGCACUUCCAGCGCAUUGAGGGUAGGAUGCUGCAUUUAGAGUUCUCGUUCAGAGUCCUAGAGGGUUAACGCGGUGUGUGGAUUGAUGUUGUUCAUUUCAAAUUGCGUUUAAUGUCGUACAAGUGUUCCACUGAAGAGUUUGAGAACGCUUGCCUGCCUUGCCUCCUCCUUCCCCCCUGCGUGUGGUUAUUUGUUAGAACUAGUUGUAUGCAUAGUGCAAGCGCUUCAUCAGAAUUCAAAUGCUGGCAUCGACACUGCUCACAAUAGGUUUAUUACUCACUCCCUUGCAUUACAAUCUGGUAGGAAUGGUGGAAGGAAUUAUUUAGGCCCCAGUUCCGAAUUUGCAUUUGCUUUGUAAUUUUUUUUUAUUAUUUCUCCCCCUGUCAUUAGUUUGGAGAGUGGAAAACUCUUAUUACCAGAAGAACGUUUGGAGAGUCCUAUCUUGUGGGGCUGAUUUUUGGAUUUAUUUAGUUUUUGUUAAAAGUAUUUUGUUUUUAAUAUUGGCACAAUAUUGGCAUCUUAUUAUUUGUGGUACAGCGACAAAAAUGGACAUACUGCAGAACAUAAUUAGGUAGACGUAAACGUGCAAUGGUGAGAAUGAUUUCCAUGAAGACCGCUAUCCAGACUGUUAGACUUCCUUCUUUUAUUGUGCUUAGUAGUCGUAGUACUAGUAGUAGUAUUAUUAGUGGUGGUGAUAGUAGUGGUGGUCGUUGUAGUAGUAUUAGUAGUAGUAGUAGUCUAUAUUUUUUCACGUGUGAAUAUUUAGACGCGUCGGCACAUAGUUAUUUUUAGGAUACGCAUUGUGGGAUUGUCUUUUUUCAGUUAGAUUUUUUUAUAAUUGGAAUCACUUCUUGUCGUAGAGUGACCAAUUCAAUACAAGAACACAUUGUUUGACAUUUAUAUGUGCCAUAUUGAGAAGAAUUUGCAAUAACCAAGAGCCUAGUACAGACUCCCGGCAUGCCUUCUUCAAGAACACGGAUGAACGAACAGGCCCUUGGAAACAGAAAAAUAUAAACGGAAGGCACAACAAUUUAUUAGACGUAACCAGGAAACUGAGAAUGGUGCAGUCGUAAUAUUAAGAGGCAACCUGGGAUCAGUACUCCUGUCAACCGACCCAUGGCCAAAACUAUUGAUCCAAUACUAAGUAGUGCAUCAACAGCCUCCAUGUCCUUUGUGGUCCAGUGUGCAGACGUUUCAACUCGCUAGUUACUUGUGGUACCAUGUGUUACUUUCAAACUUGACAUAAACUUGAAUUUGAAGGUGGAAAAAGAUCCUUGUGUCGCUUAAGAAAUAGCCUUUCUACCUAGAGACAUUUUUUCUUCUUUUUUCGGGACAGUUUUCUUCUUUUUCCUGUUGUAUUAGUGUAUUCUGAUUGCUAUUUUCGCGUUGUGAAAAAUGUUUUUCUAACGUCUCCUGAAUAAAAUGGUGUUGUACCUGAGAGGUACCAAGGCCCCUUGGAGACGAUAAUCAAACGAUAUCUAUAUUGAAUAUAUAUAGAUGCCUGGCUCGAGAGGGAAAAAAUGGAUAUGGAUCUUAUCCAAUGCAAGAGAGACUUGGAUUAAUCAUUGUGUGAUCGCACACAGUUCGCCUCACUCUGGAGGAGCACUUUUCAUAUUUCCUAUUGAAAAGACUUAUUUUAAUGGAAAAGUCGUACAAUUUCAAGACAUUAGAUGGGUUGGAUAAUAUCUUAUUGUUUGUGAGAGAGUGUCGCGGGAGAUUACUGUAUGUUGUUUGUCAUUUUAGUGUAUACAUCACUUAUUAAGUCAGUUAUUUUGUUAUAGUAUUCUUUGCCUUUCUUGGAUAAAGUGUUUAGCUUUCUUCAAGUCCAAUGAUUUACAUCUUGUGCUGUUUUCCACAAAGCACUUGAAUUUUUUUCUUGUGGAGUCAUAUACACUCCUGUGUUUUCAGCGGUCCAAAUAUUUGAGCAGUGUUUAGUCGAUUUAAAGUAUUAUUCUGAAGUUGAGAAGACCACAAGAGAGCUUCAAACUCCAUAGUGGGAAAUGGUAGGAGUUACCGAUCACACAGGGCUUUCAUUUGGCAAGCUCUUCAACACUCUUUUCUGUCCCUUAUGUAUUUCAAUGUGUAAUGAGUCAGAAUUAGCUAAUAUCAUACAUUUGUUCAUUAACACAAACAGACCUAUUCUAGAAAUAUUUCUGUAAACAAAUCCAAGUAUCAUGUUUUCUUAAGCCUUGUUUUGUUGCUUGGUCUCGUAACCCUUUAAAAUGGGAAUAAGAUCUGUUAUGAGAAAAAAUGUCUGGGCUUCCAAAAAUUGCAAUUAGAGUUGUUAACGCCCAUCCCCUGGUCUGGACAGCCGGUCUGACAUGUUUUUAAGAGUAUUAUGCUGUUUUUGUACAUGAUGAAACGCAUUGAAAUGAGAACGAGCUGCACUCAUAUCCCUAUAGCCUUGAAACUACCUAGGUUUUAAUUAAUCAGUGCAAUACAUACAUUGAAGUUUACAUUUUGAAUAAUUUGUUUUUGUGUGUCAUAUAAAAAAAUGUUAAUGGUUUAAAAACAGUGUCUCCCACUUGCCCUCUCUUCCAACUGUAAAAACGUCCAGAUAACUUUGUAUCUAGAUUUCUUUUUUUAAGGUACAUUCAUAAGCUUGCCAAAACCAUUCUUUUUGUUAACAUCCCAUGGUGAAGUAAAAAAAAUCAAAAACAAAUGUAUUGACUAUAAAAUGGAACAAUAUUUGCUAUGUUGGAAGUAUUGACUUAAUGUAAAUAAGCUUUUUUCCUCCCUUGUACUAAAAAAGGAAUCAAUUUAAAUGGUUGUAUAUUGUGUAAAAACGCAAACAAAAAGCCAUGAAUAUUGUGAAGCUUGUCAUUUCGUUUUGUGAUUUCCCCGUAUAUUAUUGUGUUACAAAUGUGCAAAAUGUAUGAGAUUUAACUCUUGUUGUAGAUCUCCCAGAAUGUGUUUCCUUUUGUAUUGUUUUGGGAGGAAAGUGGUCAUUGGUUUACAGGGGAGAUAUAAUAGCAUUUGGUUCUGGUAUCGAGAGUCCCAUGCACCCCAUCCAUCCCAAGUUCUUUGUAGAAAGAAUAUGCACCAUAUUUCUUUAACUGGGCAUGUAAAGUGAAAUGCCUCUCCUACUUGGGGUUCAGGUGUGAGUAGUUGUGUACCAACAUUACCUCAAUAAUGUCAAACCAAUUCUGUUUCGGGAUACAAAUAAGCUGAUCUUGGUAUAGAUGCAUUCAGUAUUUUUACAUGAUCUCAAUUAAAUGUAUAUUCUUGGCAACAAAUUGCUCUUCUAAAGGAUAAGAAGGUAAUACUGAAUGAAAUGCUUUUGCUUAAAUACUCUAGCAUUGAAAAGGUCAAGGCAAUCCUCUCUAUUUUAAAUGUUGUAAACCAUAUAACAAAAGUGAUCACUUUUCCUAGGAGCUGGAAAAUACAAUAUGAAUAGAAAUCUGUUCUAUUGUCACAUUAGUUGCUGUUGAAAAUGCAGGGAAUAUUAAUGUUAUCGAUUAAAAUUUGACAUCAGGAGAAUGAAUGACAAUAUUAGUUAAGUAAAUUUAAUCUGAUAUUUAAUAAAUCAGUUUGUAUUUUGCUCAUGACAUUAAUCCUUACCUUUUGCACAUCCUUGAUAUUUAAAUGUCUUCAGAAAAUAAAUUUAGAUUAGCUGUUUAAAUACUGCCAAUUGAUUGAAAAAAAUUAUGCAUUGACUGAAAAAAAAUAAGCUAAUUUUGAAGGAAAAACUUUGUAAUAUUUAUCUCUUGCAAGCUAUGUUUAAUAAAGGUUGAAACAAU